UGACAACCAAACAGCCUGCUACUGCCAAUAAUAACAAUUGCAAUUGUUUAUAGUGUAAUGUAAUGUCAACUGCAUGCGCGGAAGUAAGCUGUAAAAUAUGCGGAUCUGCAUGGUGUCGGACUUUUUCUAUCCCAGCAUUGGUGGCGUUGAGGAGCAUGUCUACAAUUUAUCACAGAUGUUGCUGGCGCUGGGGCACAAAGUGGUCGUGCUGACACAUGCCUAUGGAGACUGCACUGGCGUGCGCUAUGUGACGAAUAUGUUAAAGGUUUAUUAUCUUCCUAUCAAAGUCUGUUAUAAUCAAUGCAUUUUGCCUACCGCUGUAUGCAAUGUGCCCAUGUUACGAGCUGUGCUGUUGCGCGAGCAAGUGCAGGUAGUACAUGGGCAUUCAGCAUUUAGUGCCUUAGCUCAUGAAGCCCUAAUGGUGGGUGCGCUCUUGGGAUUAAAGACUGUCUUUACGGAUCACAGUCUGUUCGGCUUUGCAGAUCUGUCGGCGGCGCUAACCAACAAGCUGCUGGAGAUUAAUCUAAGCAUGGUUAACCAUGCCAUAUGUGUUUCUCACAUAGGCAAAGAGAACACAGUGUUGCGUGCGCGCGUUGCCAAGCAUCGUGUUUCGGUUAUACCGAAUGCAGUAGACACUGCUCUAUUUACGCCGGAUCCCAGUCAGCGUCCACAGGAAGGCAUCAUUAAUAUAGUUGUCGCCUCACGCUUAGUCUACCGCAAGGGCAUUGAUCUGCUGGCGGGAGUUAUACCGCGCUUUAAAAACACACCCAACAUCAACUUUAUUAUUGUAGGCGAUGGACCUAAACGUGAUCUGCUGGAGGAGAUACGUGAGAAGUGUAAUAUGCAGGAGCGCGUAGAGAUUGUGGGUGCAGUGGAGCAUGCCAUGGUGCGAGAUGUGUUGGUGCGUGGCCACAUCUUUGUGAAUACCUCGCUAACUGAAGCCUACUGCAUGGCCAUAGUGGAGGCUGCCUCGUGUGGCCUGCAAGUCGUUUCUACAUGCGUUGGCGGCAUACCUGAAGUGCUGCCCAAUAGCCUUAUACUGCUGGUGGAACCGGAUGUUGAUGCAAUAUACAAUGCCAUACUGGUGGCUAUAGAGAGACAUCGCCGCCAUGAAUCCAGUUGCGCCGAGACUGCUCGCUCCAAGCGACGGCGACGCAAAAAGGGCAAUGUGUUGCCAUCAGCUGUUCCAGAACCUCCCAAGCAUGCAGAUGAGGCAGUGCUCUGUCCUUAUCGCUGCAAUGAGCUGGUGGAAACGCUUUACAACUGGGAGGAUGUGGCUCGUCGCACCGUCAAGGUCUAUGAGCGUGUGAUUAAGGAAAGUGCCUUUACUCUCAGCGAGCUCAUCUAUGCGGUUAAUCAGUGUGGCUCAUGGUUCCUAGUCUUCUUUGUGGUUGCCCAUUUUAUGCUGUUGCUGCUGGAGUACUGGCGACCACGAAAUCGCGUUGAAGCUGCCUUUGAGUUGACACCAAAAUCAGCGCGCGAUCAUAAGCAAUCUUCCAAAGUAUUUAUGUAGACUUGCAGACUGCCAGACAUUUUUGUCAAUUAGUUAAAUGUACUAAACGAUUAAAACUAAAAUA